GACUUAGAAGUCCAAUCAGUGAAACAUUAGCGCAUACUCUUUGAUUACGCUCUUGCCUUCUGGAAAAUUGCCAAUCCGUAAAGCAUGAGGAUAUUAAUAUUUCCUAUCUCGAUAUGUUUGUUGCUGUUGGUUGGUUUCGCAACAGUAGAAUCACAGGAGUCAGACGUCGUUAACCUUUCCGUUAAUAAGCCGUCAAAUCAAAUAAGUAUUUGGAAUAACAAAAGGAGAUGGCCAUCUAACUUGGGCAAUGAUGGCGACGCAAAUAGUAACAUAUAUCAGGACCAUUGUUUCCAUACGCAAAAACACAUGAGCCCGUGGUGGGAAGUCGAUCUUUUGGAUGUUUAUAGCAUUAACACGGUUAAAAUGACCAAUAGGGCGGACUGCUGUGCCGACAGGGCGGGGAAUAUGGAGGUCUCUGUAGCAGUAGAAAACGGUAAAUGGAAGGUUGUAGCCAGCAAGGAAGGUCCAUUAGGUGCUUCCGCAACCCUUACAUUUGAUGCUGUUGAAGCUCGUUAUGUUAGACUUACGUUGAAGGACAAAGAAACAUGGUUUCAUUUAUGUGAAGUGGAAGUCUAUGGAUCGGCUUCUGAUAAUCUUGCUCUUGAUAAGCCGUCUAAUAUGAUCAGCAUUUGGGGCGAAGUAGAUUAUUGGGAUGCUGACAAAGGCAAUGAUGGCGACGCGGACAGUGAUAUUUAUAACAAUCAUUGUUUCCAUACUGAUAAGCAUGUGAGUCCCUGGUGGGAAGUCGAUCUUCAGGAUGUUUAUUACAUAAGUCAAGUAAACAUCACCAAUAGGGCGGACUGCUGUACCGACAGAGCAGAGAAUGUCGAGGUUUCUGUAGCAUCAGAGUUUGGGGAAUGGACAGUGGUAGCGUAUCAGGAAGGUGCUAUGGGUCUGUUUACAUCACUUACAUUUGACACUGUGGAAGCUCGUUACGUCAGAGUUACAUUAAGGGACAUAGAAACCUGGCUGCAUUUUUGUGAAGUGGAUGUCUAUGGACUAAGUUUACCUGUCGACGACUGUGCUGAUAGUCCAUGUUUGAACGGCGGCGUGUGCAUUGAUGGGAUCAAUAGCUACACAUGUAAUUGUGCUCCAGGGUUUAGUGGAUACAACUGUGAAAAAGCUUCUGAUAAUCUUGCUCUUGGAAAGCCAUCCAAACAGAUAAGCCUUUUUCAGGACAUAGAUUAUUGGGAUGCUGACAAAGGCAAUGAUGGCGACGCUAAUAGUGAUAUUUAUCAAAACCAUUGUUUCCAUACUGAUCAAAAUACAAGCCCCUGGUGGGAAGUCGACCUUCAAGACGUAUAUGAGAUAUUUCAAGUGAAUAUCACCAACAGGGCUGACUGUUGUGUUGAUAGAGCAGAGAAUGUCGAGAUUUCAGUAGCAACAGUGUAUGGGGAAUGGACAGUGGUUGCGUAUCAGGAAGGUGCUAUGGGUCUGUUUACAUCACUUACAUUUGACACUGUGGAAGCUCGUUACGUCAGAGUAACAUUAAGAGACAAAGAAACUUGGAUGCAUUUUUGUGAAGUGGAAGUCUAUGGAUACAACUGAGACGAGGGGAUAUGGAUGAAAAUGAAAGCAGCGAUAUGAUAAAAACAACUAUUUAAAACCAAGACCACUUCGAUUGCUUCCCUUUAAUUAUGAAAACGUUGAAUAAAUAUUAUUAGACU